AUGGAUCCAAGUGAUGGUAAGGUUGUGAGUAGAAAUAGAGAAAGAAGGCAAAUUGAUCCACAAAGGGCAAAUGGACGAAUGUUAGAUGUUAUACGGGGUGUUGUGUCGGGCUCUCGAGGCCGCGGUGGAUCAGCUGGUCAGGCAAGAUCGGCUCCACGGCAAACGAAAGUUGAAGAAAUUCCUAACGUUGAUAUAUUGAUAAAACAAAUAGGUGAAGUCACUACUCGGCCGGAGCGAACUGCAGCACAGAUCGUGAGAAACAUAUCAUCAUCUAAUCUUUUUGAUGAUAUGGAUGAGGAGGAUUGGUUGAAGCUUAUUGAUUGUAUGAUAGCGUUGGCGAUAGAAGAGGGCGAGGCUGAUUUUGUGGUAACGAUUAGCGUUCCGCUGAUUAAGUAUUCGAUGUUUCAUAAGAUUAUGAAUGAGAAAUUGAUGUCACUCAGUUCUUCUUUCAUAAUGAACAUGGAUGAAGAAUCUGAUGCGAUUCCUGCCUUUCUCGGGUCUAUUUUAUGUAAUAGAUGGCCCCGCGCAAUGUCAAGAGCUAUAGAUACUUCAAAUCCGAUUUUAUUUGAUGCAGUAUCCAUAGUUAAGGGCUGGAUUCUUGUGGUAUCUGACGAUAAUGAGGCUCAAAUCGAGGGGGAUGACCCAAUUAGAGAAGAACCGGAAAUCGUUAAUAGAUGUGCGCAAGCUACGUGUAUGCUCUGUGAAAAAACCCAAAAGGCCCUAUGGAUGAGUUGGCCAGAGAUUUGUGAUGAAAUUUAUGCAGCUUUCAAGCUGGCAAUAACGCAUAACACAGUUAUAACAGGAAAUGUUAAGGAGAGUGUCUUACGUACUUUCAUGGAUUUGCAUACGUGGACGAAAAGUAGGUCUGUAGUAAUGAAACCUGCAUCCACUCAAACAUAUGAAAGGAGUCGCCUUCAGCAUGAAGACGACUAA